CGCUGAUAGAGGCAAACAGCAGUCAUGGCGUUCACAACAUUCCUUUUACUAUCCCUUUUCCUUACAAAUUUUCCACCUUCCGCUGUAUCCCGAGCCGUACCCGAUCACCGCCUUCGAAGCGAAGGAAUGACUAUUAUCAGGCUAAUAGACAUCCCAGACGAUUUCAACUUCCCCAACGCGACGGAACUGAUCAUUGAGGGUGUCACGGUAGGAGAAUGGGAUGUUUUUUCGAUGUUUUCGCGGCUGAAAAACACAAAGUAUCUUUCCCUAAUCAAUGGAACCAUUCCGAUCAUCACAUUCCGAUCGAGCAAACUGCUAUCUCUAACCGUGCUGCAAAGUGACCUGAGUUUAUUCGAGGUUUGGCCCGAAAGGAAUCCUACCCUGGCAACGCUACGGCUCACUAGAAAUAGAAUGGAGAUAUUUCCACCAAACAUCAGGUUUCUAGUGGGGUUGACCUCAUUGGAUCUGUCACAAAAUAAACUGCAACACGUUGAUCUACGAGCACUAGAAAGUAUGAAACAGCUGAAAAACCUAGACUUGUCGGUUAACAAAAUCAUCACGAUCGAUGCACCGGCAGCUUUGCGAUUGAACAGAUUGAAGAAUCUUGCAGUGAGUUUCAAUCUUUUGGAGCGCUUCGAUGCAUUCCCGGAGGCAUUCCCGGUGCUGGAUACAAUCCGCUUGAUGGGGAACAAAUGGACCUGCGAGUGGGUUGACUUUGCUAGAAAGAGCAUUAUGGGAAGGAGAAUUACUACCUUUGGAGUGGAUUACGGCUGUAGCGAGUAUCGCCAGGGAGGACUGUGCUGCUAUGGGGAUCUAAAGCCAGUAAGCACCACUGAAGCAACUUUGCUGAAGGAAGGACCACUAUUGAAAGAGGUUCAAGGGUUGGUCAAUGACAUUGCUGAGAACCCGAUGAAAACUUACGGCGGCCAGUCAGUGCUGGAACUGCUCACCCGCAAUGUAGGAGGGCGGAAUGAUAAAAUACUGGUUGGUGUUAAACUAGAUGAAGUGAAGAUUUUCUUUUGAGGAGGAUCGAUUGGCGGUUAAACAGAUAGGGAAAGUUUACAAGUAGUUCUUAGUAUUUAGCGGUACAACUAAUGGGUAAGACGGGAUAAGAUUCACCCUCCGCGACAAGAUGACUUGCAGUUUUGCUUAGUUCAGACAUUGAACUAGCAAUCUUCCAUAACAGAUCCUCAAAAAAGUGGUAAAAAAUAUAUUUUAAAAGUCAAAAAGUCAUUUUGCCCCGCAGUCAACCUUAACCCAUUUUACACUACUUAUAAUCUAAUGAUACCUUUAUGUAGCGAGGAUUUAGGAUAACAGGAGAGAAAUAUCAAAGUAAGUUUCUUUGGCAGCCUAUACGCUGUUUCAAAGCUACCCAAAAUUGGGUAGAAUCCUCCCAGUUCGGUCUAAACUGAACCUACACACGAGGGGCAAUUCACUGCUCUCGAGACGGAAUCGAAAAUACGUGAAUAAAACAUACACAAAAAUUCAUCAUUACUCGUCAUUGCUCAAACAAAUGCAAACAAAUACAAAAUUCGGAAAAAAUACACAAAUCUUCGACGAAUAAUAAAAAUACACGAUAAUUCGUCAUUUGCA